AGUUUAUUUCUCAACACGGAACGGUUUAGAUGAAUUUUUAAAAACGGUCCACUAGAAAAUCAAAUAUGAAUUAUAUUUAGAAGCUUUUUAUGGCACGAUAUUUUUAAAUACAAUUUAAGAGCAAUAGACAGACAAUUGAACUGUGUCGAGUGUCACGUAUUUUCGAAUGAAAAACCAUUUUGUUGUACAAAAACUCGGUGAACUUGCAUAAAAAUAACGCAUUCAAACGAUAUUGUGCGACUGCCAUCGCGACCUCCAUUUAGCCAAACUGUUAUAGUAUCCAGAGAAAUGCACAUUCAUCCGAGCUCCCCGAAUUCAGAUAUUUCGCUGCAAUCGGAAGAGAGUGCCGCCAUUAAAAUUCAAGCUGGUUUUCGUGGAUAUAGAGUGCGUAAACAGUUGACAGGUCGUCCACAUUCUCGCAAUACUUCAAACGGUUAUCAAGGACUUAAUUCGAUUCUGCGCCGUCAACAGCGUCACCAACAGAGCGGCAUGUCACAAAAUCAAAUUGCUGGCAGUAACGGAGUAACAUCAGUUCCAGCACAGUUGAGACAAGAACGCAGUGGAGAAUCAGAGAGCGCUUCUGUAGAAGAUCGUUGUGCUACUAAAAUCCAAGCUGGAGUUCGAGGCUUUCUGGUUCGGAGGAAACAAAAGGCUGCGGCUGAUGCAGCAACAAAAAUUCAAGCAGGAUUUCGAGGAUUUAAAGCUCGCAAAGAAGUUCAAAAAAUUAAACAGAAAUAGAUAUUAGAAAUGUAUAUGUACGUACAUACGUACAUCAAAUUUGACUACUUAAUAUCCAAAGACAAAAAUCUUAGUUGGUGAUAUUCCGAGUGUAUAAAAUAUGCAAAACUGUCAAUUAUUAAAGUAACUGACCUAACCAAGCCAACCAACAAACCAAAAACAUAUCUCAACCACCCAGUGAAAUAUCUAUCCAUCCAUUUUUUCGUACGAGUACUUUCUUACACUAACUACUUGUUACCCCAAAAAUAAUUCCUUAAUUGGUAUUUUUAACUUUCUAAACAUACAUACAUACAAACAAUCUAUCUAUAUGCAUAUGUGCAUAGUAUAAGUAUUACAAGUAUAAUUUGCUUCUGAACAAAUACAAUAAGUCGUACAUAAUAGAUAAAUAUUUAUUUAUUUGAUCUUUAGAUUUGUCCAAGCAAACGUGUACUUUUAAGCUUUUUAGACAUGUAUAGAAUUAUAAUUUAAUUAAAAUUAUUUUAGUUUGUAGUGAAUGUAAUUUUCCCGAUAAUUUAAGUAAUUAUUUGUGUACAUCUAACUAAAUGUAGGUUUUCAAUUAAUUUGUUAAUUUUUAUUUUUAGUUUUAAUUUUAUUCACAUUUGUUUGCUUUAUUGGAACUAUUACGUAGUAACUAAUAAACUUUAUUAUGUUAAAUUGUAUGCCACAAAGAACGUACAUCCAUUAUACUUAUAGAAAAAAAUACAAAUAAAAUAAAUAUUAAUUUUAAUUAAGAUUGGAAAA